CAGCUCCCGCUGCGUCACUUCCAGCUGCCACCGGAAGUUCAGCGACAGCCUGCCCUAUAAGCGGCGUCGCCUUGCUCUCGCUGGAGGAGAAUGCAAACAAAAGCAGACGUCGCUUCGUUGGCUUGGUCGACAAACGCCGACAGGCAACCUUAACCGCGGCCAGAAAACCAAGAGGAGCUCGGCCGUUGACAAUGCUGACGACGACGGCGACGACGGCGACGACGGCGACGACGGCGUCCACCUCCAAUUCCAACUCCCGCUGGUCUUAACCCGUUGCUCGAGUUGCUAACGCAGUUGCGGGCCCGAGCGAGCCGAGCCGAGGUGAGGUCAUGUCGUCGGACGGAGAACUACCGCCGCUGCCUCCGGAGCUGUGGGUGUCGGUUCUGACCUUCCUGGGCCCGGCGGACAUGCAGGCGGUGCGCUGCACGUGCCGAGCCCUACGCCUGCUCGCCGACCACCCGUACCUGUGGCGAGGCCACACUGUGGUGCUGUCCGACCUACGACGCUACACCUUCGGCUUCUGGGACACGCUGCGCCGGCGCAAGCUGACCCGCGUGGCCGUGCGCCACCUGCGCCGCAAGGAAUGGCGGCGCCUCGUCAAGUUCUUGCCGACGCUCAGCGCCGUCGCCUUCGUCAACGGCGGCCGGGUCUACAAGCAGAAAUACCUGGACCACCUGCUGCAGUUCGCCGACGUGCGGGAGCUGGCCGUGCGGGACGCCACCUGGUCGGAGCCAAUGCUGGGCCCCGUCCUGAGCGCCCACCUGAGCGCCCAGCUCACCCACCUGAGCGUCUGCAACGUCCGCCUGCGCUCCGCCGCCGACUUCGUCCGCUCCUUGUCCGGCCUCGGCAACCUGCGCUACCUGCUCUUCCACCAGCAGGGGGAGGGCUGCGGACUGGAUCGGGUGCGACCGGUGCCCCGGGAGGACUUCCAUCACAUGAUGAGCAGCCUGCCCAAGCUGACGCACCUCUCGUGGGGCAUGAGGGGCGAGCCCCAGGAGCCCCUGCCCGACGACUACCUGAGCUCCCCGGACCCGCGCCGUCCAGGGUCCCAGUACGGGGGGCCGACCCUGACCGGUCUGGAGCUGGUGGACUACCCCGAGGCCAUCCUGCCCUACAACGCUCUGCGAAGUCUGACGUCCCUGCGCUCGCUGACGGUCCACUACCGCUACAUACGUGACGGCUUGGACUGUCGCCUGGCGUCCUGGCUGGCGCCCCUCAAGCGUCUGGAGACCCUCAGCAUCGUGGGCGGAAACUCCCUGUCGCUAUACACCAACACCAUCCCGGCUAGCGUGACGCGGCUAACGCUGCGCGUGGCAAUAACGCUGAAGGACUUGGACUCCAUCGCGCCCAAAGUUCUGACCCUGGAGCACCUGGACAUCGAGCAGAACCGCUCCAGCGGAAGCCUGUGCAGACGCAUCCCCAUGUUGUUCCCUCAGCUGCGGACGCUGCGCAUACGGUUCUUCCGCCGCGAGCCCGAGAAGGACCUCCUGAGCCUGCAGCGUCUUCGCCACCUGGAGCGCCUGGAGCUCCUGGUGGAGCGCUCGUUCAUCCUGCGGGACUACCUGAACGGGCACCCGUGGCCCAGCCCUUGCGUCCAGGAGCUCAUCGAUCAGCUGGUGCAGCUGUCGGCCAAUCGGAUCACCGUGGUGACCGCCAUGCGCCACCGGAACCCGCUCAGGGAGUGCAACUGCGUCUGGGAGGGGGACUGAUCGUGGACCGGAACCACACUGACGGGAACCCGGAGGUCCUCGUGAAGCGCCCCCGGAGAUCCUCGUGAAGCGCCCCCGACGACUUUGUCGUGAUGACCCACCUAAACCUAACACAAGCUCACCCACAUCUGCUGGGCCAUGAGGGGCCAGACCACCAGACAGAGAGACUGACUACCUGAGAUCUCUGGACUUGCUCCAUCCUGGUAGGACAAUGCAAUGCAAGACUAGACUGUACAAGACAGGACAGGACAGGACAGGACAAUGCAAGACAUGAUAAGAUGAUACAGGACCACACAGGGGAGGAAACGAUACAACAGGACAAGGGAAGAUGCGCUCGGACUGGACAAUGCAGGACAUAGCUGGACAUGGCAGAACCUGGAGGACCUCGUGAACUACCAACAAGACGGUUGUCAUGGAAACAAAACUCAUGAGAUCGGCCUCUUUUAGCAAUUUAGCUCUUUUUAAAACUGGGGUCGUACUCGGCCGUUUACAGCGGAACCCCGUUUAUCACGGGCGAUACGGUUCGUCGAGCCGACGUCCGCUAGCUUAAUGCUAACAUAUAAUGUAAAACGCCAUAGGCAAGCUAAUGGAAAUUAACAGAUGAGUGAAUGAAUGAAUGUUACGGUCGUUCUAAAGCGCCAAGCAACUGCUGCUUUAAUGCACACGGAGCAGCGACGCAUCAAAAUGCGGCUUCAGUGUAGUCAUACACUGCCGCUGGGAAAGCCCAUUGCAAAAGAAAACAAAACAAAAACCUUGACAAAUAAGCACUAUCGCGGCAUAUAGUGACAGAGCUGUGAGCGCGACAUGACAAAUGGACAGACAGGAAGUCAUCAUGGGAAAUGGACAAAAUUACAGUGAGAGGAAAAAGACGUUUGAUGAAGUUAUUCAGAAAUUGAAGAAAUUCCAAAGGGUUCGCAUACUUUUUGUUCCCACUGUAAAGUCUUAGGAAAUAAAGUAGCAUUCAACUUGACUGGUGUCGAAUGUGUACAAAAAAUAAAUAAAUAAAUGAACUUUUUUUUUUUUUUUUUUCCAUUAUUUUUGUUUUUUAUUUUGUUAAUAUUGUUAGCUUUGAAGCUCCUUAAGAGGAGGUGUAUCAUGUAGAAAGUGUAUGUUGCCUUUUUGGAUUUGUAAUGAGUUCCAGUGACAAGAUUGCGUUUGGACAUGAUUGAACACUGCUGAGGUGAAAAGGGUAUUUGAACUAUUUCUUCAUGUUUCGGUCAAAGUGAAUAAAUGGAAAAAGACCGCCCA